AUGCCUGGAACGCUUGCAUCUGAAUACUCUGCCUGGAAAAAGCUGCAGCAGAUCUACAAUGAGCAACAUUCAAAACUGAUCCUCAAGGAACUCUUCGCGCAGGACCCGAGCAGGUUCAAGAAAUUCAGCAAGGAAUACACGUCGAAAGACGAUCAAUCGACCACAUUUCUGCUCGAUUACUCAAAAAAUCUCGUCACUGAGCCAAUCCUGAGUGCUCUCUUUGACCUAGUUCGUGAGGCAGGUGUUGAGCAGGAGCGUGAUGCAAUGUUCAGUGGCAAGCAUAUUAACACCUCCGAGGACCGCGCAGUAUUGCACGUAGCACUUCGUAACUUCAGUCAAUGGAAUAUUCCAGAGUCUGGUACUGAGGAUGUGUCCAAGGUGCUCGACCACAUUCGAUCCUUUACCGAGGCAGUCCGAAGCGGUACAUGGAAAGGCUAUACGGGAAAACCAAUUAAGACAAUCGUGAAUAUAGGAAUUGGAGGAUCUGAUCUCGGACCCGUCAUGGUUACUGAAGCACUCAAGCCAUAUGCGAAGCGUGAUCUGGAUGCUCACUUUGUAUCCAACAUCGACGGCACACAUCUCGCGGAGACCCUGCGUUUAUGCGAUGCGGAGACGACGCUGUUCAUAGUUGCUAGCAAGACGUUUACGACACAGGAGACGAUAACCAAUGCGGAGAGCGCGCGUGAGUGGUUCCUUGAGCGUGCGAAAGACAAAGCACAUGUCGCGAAGCACUUUGUCGCUCUGAGCACGAACACCAAGGCCGUAACUUCAUUUGGUAUAUCUGCGGAGAACAUGUUCCAGUUCUGGGAUUGGGUCGGAGGACGUUACUCUUUGUGGUCUGCCAUUGGUCUGUCUAUAGCACUUGUUAUCGGUUAUGACAACUUCGAGGCGCUUCUCAAGGGUGCACAUGGCAUGGACAAUCAUUUCCGUGAGACGCCUCUUGAAAAUAACUUGCCCGUCAUUCUCGCAGUCCUCGGCAUCUGGUACAACGACUUCUACGGUGCACAGACGCACGUAUUACUUCCGUACGACCAAUAUCUGCACAAAUUUGCAGACUACUUCCAGCAGGGUGACAUGGAAUCGAACGGGAAGUUUAUCACAAAGUCUGGGCAACGAGUCAACUAUCAAACUGGACCGAUUAUUUGGGGAGCGGCUGGUACGAAUGGCCAGCAUUCGUUUUACCAGCUCUUGCAUCAGGGAACAAAACUUGUUCCUGCGGACUUUCUUGCACCGGCAACUACGCACAAUCCUAUUGCGAACUCAAAGCAUCACCGUAUUUUGUUAAGUAACUUCUUCGCACAGCCUGAAGCACUGGCCUUUGGUAAGUCGGAGGAGCAGGUACGAGCAGAACUUGGCAGUGGUGCAUCAGACACGCUCGUCAAAUCGAAGGUCUUCGAAGGCAAUCGUCCCAGCAACAGUAUCAUUUUCCCCUUACUCACGCCUUCGACACUUGGUGCCCUGAUUGCACUCUACGAGCAUAAGAUUUUCGUCCAGGGUGUUGUCUGGGGCAUCAACUCCUUCGACCAAAUGGGUGUCGAACUUGGCAAGGUUCUCGCAAAGGCUAUCCUUGCACAGCUUGAUAAACCAUCAGAUGUUACCGGACACGACUCCUCGACAACGGGCCUCAUCCACUACUACCAGAAAUACCGCAAAGAGUAA